UCAAUGAAACGUGUAAGCAAUUAAACACCAUUAAUAGAGAUUUGGUAGCUGUUGAGAUAAUUGAUUUCCACAUCCUCGUGGAUUAUUUUCAACCAGGAGAGUUGUGUCAUCCAUUUUGGAAGCACUGUAUAAGCAGUCUCUUACAUUCAAUAAAUGACCCCCAAACAGCCCCUAGACUUAACAACACUAGAAAAUUUUCAUCUCUCUCUCAAAAAAAUAAUAAUGGAAUUCCAAAUAGCAAGAGGAGAAAUUUUUCUAAGAGUGAUAGCAAUAUUGCUCUUAGUAUUAACAGCUUGUUUAGUUGCUUUUGAUACUCAAACAAAAGUUGUGUUUUUAACUAUUGAAAAGAAAGUUACUUAUAAGGAUGUGGAAGCUCUCAAGAUUUUGCUGUAUGUUUCAUCUUCAGCUGCUGGAUAUAACUUGCUUCAAUUAUGCAAACACUCUUGUUCUUCAAUAGGAUCUUAUGAUAUGUGCAUGGUUUGGAUUAAUUUGUUAUUAGAUCAGAUUGCUGUGUACUUAACAUUUGCCACAAACACAGCCUUAUUCCAAGCAGCUCUAUUUGCACUAACUGGCUCAGACGCAUUCCAGUGGUUGAAAGUAUGCAACAAAUUCACCAGAUUCUGUGAACAAAUUGCAGGGGCAAUACUAUGUUGCUUUGUAGCAUCCAUUUUAAUGGCUAUGAUAUCAAUUAUCUCAGCCUAUAGAGUUUUCAGAAUGUACUCUCCCAAGAGGUUCUUGCGUUUGAAAGGAAAAUGAUGCCUAAUUGAAAAUUUUAAUUGUAUGUAUAUCUGUGAAUUUGUGCACACAGAAAGUACACAACAAAUGAAAAUGAUGUGAAAGAGUGAUCAUAGAUAUAGCUUGCAUUGUUUGAAGUUCUCUCUUUUCCUUGUGUUUUCACUUUUCACUGUCUAGAGCAUUUAUGGAACUCCAAAAUUUUGUACAUAAUUUAUAUUUGCAUAGUCAAUUUAAUGCAUUAAUAUUAUUUUAGUUUAUUUU